UUAAACGAGUCAUUUUGCAUCUGGGAAACUGAGACCAAACAUCACAGUGGAUCUGAUGGAUUUACCCAACACAUUGUAACCCGAAUAUCACCGGGUUUUGGACAUGGAAGGAAAAAGUACCAUUCUCAAUGGGGAGAAACCGUACAUGUGUUCUGUUUGUGGGCGAGGCUUCAGGCGAUCAUCUGACCUGUCAAGACACAAAUGUGGUCAGACUGGGGUAAAAUUGUGGAAGUGUGGGAACUGUGGGAAAGGAUUCGAUUACCCAUCACAGCUGAAAAGGCAUCAGCGCAGUCACAACGGGGAGAAGCCAUGGAAAUGUACAGACUGUGGGAAGGGAUUCAAUUACCCAUCUGAGCUGGAAAUUCAUUGGCGCACUCACACUGGGGAGAAGCUGUUCACCUGCUCGCAAUGUGGGAAACGAUUGGCUCACUUACACAGUCUGCUGAUACACCAGCGAGUUCACACGGGGGAGAGACCAUUCAGCUGCUCUGAGUGUGGGAAGGGAUUCACUACAUCAUCCCACCUGUUGACACACCAGCGAGUUCACACUGGAGAGACACCUUUUAAAUGCCCCGAUUGCGAUAAAUGUUAUAAAAGCUCCGGAGAACUGAUGUCCCAUCAACGUGUUCACACGGAUGAGAGACCGUUUAAGUGUUCUCACUGUGGGACAGGGUUCAAGCACUCGUCUCAACGCACUGUACACCAGCGAAUUCACACUGGGGAGAGACCAUUCAGCUGCUCUGAGUGUGGGAAGGGAUUCACUCAAUCAUCUGACCUGCUGAAACACCAGCGGGUUCACACUGAUGAGAAACCUUUUAACUGUCCGGACUGUGGGAAGUGUUUUAAAAGUCCUGGGGAUCUGAUGUCCCAUCAACGUGUUCACACUGAUGAAAGACCGUUCAAGUGCUCUCACUGUGGGACUGGGUUCAGACGAUCAUCUGACCUUAUCGUACACCAGCGAGUUCACACUGGGGAGAGGCCAUUUACUUGCUCCGAGUGUGGGAAAGGAUUCGCUCAGUCAUCCCACUUGCUGAUACACCAGCGAGUUCACACUGACAAGAGACCUUUUGAGUGUCCCGAGUGCAGCAAGUGCUUUAAAAGUUCUGGGGAACUGAUGACCCAUCAACGUGUUCAUACCGACAGCAGACCUUUUCAAUGCCCAGACUGUGGGAAAUGCUUUAAAAGUUCUGGGGAACUAAUGUCCCAUCAACGCAUUCACACUGACGAGAGACCAUUCAGGUGCUCUCACUGUGGAACUGGGUUCAAGCGAUCAUCUGACCUCAAUGAACACCAGCGAAUUCACGCUGGGGAAGCAACCAAUCAUCUGUACAUCCAUUGUGCAAGCAGUGAAUUCCAGGAUUUUGGCUGUGACAGUGAAGGAAUGGCUGUGAUACAGGGGGCGAGGUGCAGCAGGGCGCAUGUUCAGCUUGCUUUCUUUCAGACUUCAGUGAAACUGCAAACCAAAUGUUACAUCAGGACACAUUCUUCCAACCUCUCAGAACCUGAAUGUUGUUGGACUUUGAACAUGGAAGGACACAGCACUGUUUGCAGUGGGGAGAAAUUGUUCAUGUGUCCAGUGUGUGGGCGAGACUUCACACAAUCAUCUGCUCUGUCGAGGCACAACUGCAAUCAUAGCGUGCAGAAACCGUGGAAAUGUAGGGACUGUGGGAAGGGGUUCAUUUCCCCGUCUAAGCUGGAAACUCAUCGGCGUACUCACACUGGGGAGAAGACUUUCACCUGCUCCAACUGUGGGGAGGGAUUCACUCGAUCAUCUACCCUGCUGGCCCACCAAAGGAUUCACACAGGGGAGAGGCCAUUCACCUGCUCUGUGUGCGGGAAGGAAUUCACUCAGUUAUCUAACCUGCUGACCCACCAGCGCGUUCACACCGGGGAGAGACCAUUCACCUGCACUGAGUGCGGGAAGGGAUUUGCUGAUUCAUCUGCCCUGCUGAGACACAAGCGGGUCCACACCGGGGAGAGGCCAUUCACCUGCUCCGAAUGUGGGAAGAGAUUCAUUCAGUCAACCAACUUGCAGGUACACCAGCGCUCUCACACCGGGGAGAGGCCAUUCACCUGCAUUGUGUGUGAAAAAGGAUUUAGUGAUUCAUCCAGCCUGCUGACCCACCAGCGAGUUCACACUGGGGAGAGGCCGUUCACCUGCUCCGAGUGUGGGAAGAGAUUCAUUCGAUCAUCUUACCUGCUGACCCACCAGCGCGUUCACACUGGGGAGAGACCGUUCACCUGCACUGAGUGUGGGAAGGGGUUCACUGAUUCAUCUGCUCUGCUGAGACACAAGCGAGUUCACACUGGAGAGAGGCCGUUCACCUGCUCUGAGUGUGGGAAGGGGUUCAUUCAGUCGUACAAGCUGCAGAUACACCAGCGCAACCACACUGGGGAGAGGCCAUUCACCUGCACUGUGUGUGGAAAAGGAUUUACUGAUUCAUCGAGCCUGCUGACACACCAGCGAGUCCACACGGGGGAGAGACCAUACAUUUGCUCAGAGUGUGGGAAGAGCUUCACUCGCUCGUCCAGCUUGCUGACACACCAGCGAGUACACACUGGGGAGAGACCGUUCACCUGCUCUGAGUGUGGAAGGAGAUUCACUCGUUCAUCUUACCUGCUGACACACCAGCAAGUUCACAAUCAGAUACUGUAUGCUGGGCAGGCACUGGAGAGACGCGAGGUUGGAGAACCUGAGACUGAUCUCCUGCAGCAAAGACGAUUGAGGAGAGAUAGAAGUGCUAUUGAAAGAGGCGUCCGUGGGCCUGAGGCGGCGGCGGCGGCGGCGGCGGCGGCAGUAGUGGGUGUUGCCGCCGCCAUCUUUGUCGGGGGCAUGUUCCGUGGGUCCAGUUCGGGCCGCCAUCUUUAUAGGGGGCGAGAAUGUCGUCGGAUUUUGAACAUGGAAGGACAAAGCACGGUUUGCAGUGGGGAGAAAUUGUUCAUGUGUCCAGUGUGUGGGCGAGGCUUCACACAAUCAUCUGCUCUGUCGAGGCACAAGCGCAGUCAUGGUGUGCAGAAACCGUGGAAAUGUAGGGACUGUGGGAAGGGGUUCAUUUCCCCGUCUAAGCUGGAAACUCAUCGGCGUACUCACACUGGGGAGAAGCCCUUCACUUGCCCUGAGUGUGAAAAGGGAUUUGCUGAUUCAUCUGCUCUCCUGAGACACCGGCGUACUCACACGGGGGAGAGGACUUUCACUUGCUCUAACUGUGGGGAAGGAUUCACUCGAUCAUCUACCCUGCUGGCCCACCAGCGGGUUCACACAGGGGAGAGGCCGUUCAACUGUUCCGUGUGCGGGAAGGGAUUCACUCAGUUAUCUAACCUGCUGACCCACCAGCGAAUUCACACUGGGGAGAAACCAUUCACCUGCAUAGAGUGUGGGAAGGGAUUUGCUGAUUCAUCUGCCCUGCUGAGACACAAGCGGGUUCACACUGGGGAGAGGCCGUUCACCUGCUCCGAGUGCGGGAAGGGAUUCAUUCAGUCAUACAACCUGCAAAUACACCAGCGCACACACACAGGGGAGAGGCCAUUCACCUGCACUGUGUGUGGAAAAGGAUUUACUGAUUCAUCCAGCCUGCUGACACACCAGCGAGUCCACACUGGGGAGAGACCGUUCACCUGUACAGAGUGUGGAAAGAGAUUCACUCGGUCAUCCAACCUGCUGACACAUCAGCGAGUUCACAAUCAGCUACGGUAACUGGAUUUUACAGUUAAUCACAUCCAGGACUGAACCGAAAUGUUCACGGACUUGUGCUGCUGGUGUUGUUUAAUGCCAGCCCAAGUAUUGGGCCCAAUA